GUGGAAAGUGUAAAUACUUCAUGUUGGGGAAUUUGAUAAACUUCGUGAAUCAUCUUUGCUGUGAUUAGUUUGGCCAAGGGGGAGGGAUUCGUCUUUGAUCUCUAGAGCGGGCGAUGCAUUGCGCACAGUAUUUUGGGCAAAUUUGCUUGAGUAGGUUUGGUGUGUGGAGUGAAUAGUGUUCGGUGUUCCCAGGAAGUUGUUAAAUCAAGGAUAUCUGUUAUCUGUAAAGAAACGCCAACAAAAUGUCGCUCUAUCCAUCCUUGGAGGAUAUGCAAGUAUCCAAAAUUAUCGAAACUCAAUACGCAACUUCAACACAAAUACAAAAUGCCAUAACCGCCAGUAGUGUCGCGGAGCCAAUAGAACAAAACAAAUUGAACACUGCCUUAUAUCCAGGACUUGACACAUUCUUAGGAUUAGAACUAACGCCAGAAAUGAUACGCGCCAAUAUGCCGGAAUACUGCACAAACAGCAGCCCCACAAGCGCAACACAACAGAUCAUCCCUGCUGCCAGUAAUGCCCUCCCCGCCAUAAAUAAUUCAAUUGCGCCAUUAUCCGGAACCGUCGCCUUACCAGCUAGGGCACAUGUCACCCAUAACAUCAGGGAAUUCAUUCUCUGCAAGGGACCUGAUGGCAAAGUGGGCCUUCGUGUCCAGGCUGCAAACAAUGGCAUUUUCGUCUGCAUUGUGGUGAAGGAUAGCCCAGCUGCUUUGGCUGGCAUACGAUUCGGCGAUCAGAUUUUACAACUGAAUGGAACUAACGUUGCUGGUUAUUCGGUGGACAAAAUACAUAAAAUGCUGAAGCAAUCGGCGAAGAACAACAUAUCAGUGAUAGUAAGAGAUCGGCCAUUUGAACGAACUAUUACUCUAAUGAAGGACUCCAAAGGAAACUUAGGAUUCCAGUUCAAAAAUGGAAAAAUCGUUUCUCUUAUUAAAGACUCGUCAGCGGCACGAAAUGGAGUUUUGACUGAUCAUCAAAUUUUGGAAGUGAACGGCCAGUCGGUUGUUGCUUUGAAGGACAAGGAUAUCAGGAAGAUAAUGGAUUCGGCUGGCGAAAUAGUAAAGAUUAAUAUCAUUCCAACGUUCAUUUAUGACCAUAUGAUUAAGAAACUAUCUACAAGUUAUUUGCGUGGCAUAAUGGAUCACAGCGUUCCGGACUUCUAAACGGAAGGAUAUGCACAUUUUGGACUUCUUUAUAUCUUUUUACGAUAUUUUACAAUAAUCAUUUUGAUAUAGUGAACAGUA